CCUCAGUGCGAGGGAUUUGAGACUAGGUAAGGGAGCUGGAGCUGGAGCCGGAGCCGGAGCCGGAGCCGGAGCCGGAGCCGGAGCCGGAGCUGGAGCUGCCACCGCCCUCGGAGCCCCUCCCAGCCCUGCUGUUGUGUCAUUCCAUACUGGAGGCAGAGGAGCUGUCCAGAGGACUAGGAAGGUCCUAGUGGCUGCCCCAGCAUCCUGGGACCAUGUCAGAGCGAGAGGAGCGGCGCUUUGUGGAGAUCCCUAGGGAGUCAGUCCGGCUCAUGGCUGAAAGUGCCGGGCUAGAGCUGAGUGACGAGGUGGCUGCGCUUCUGGCUGAGGACGUCUGCUAUCGGCUUAGGGAGGCCACCCAGAACAGCUCCCAGUUCAUGAAGCACACCAAACGGCGGAAGCUGACGGUGGAGGAUUUCAACCGGGCCCUGAGGUGGAGCAAUGUGGAGGCAGUGUGUGGCUAUGGCUCCCAGGAGGCCCUGCCCCUGCGUCCUGCCAGGGAGGGCGACCUCUAUUUCCCUGAGGAUCGGGAGGUGAACCUCGUGGAGCUGGCACUGGCGACCAACAUUCCAAAGGGGUGCCCUGAGACAGCUGUGAGAGUUCAUGUAUCCUAUCUGGAUGGGAAAGGAAAUGUGGAACCCCAAGGAUCAGUGCCCACUGCUGUCUCCUCACUGACCGACGACCUGCUCAAGUACUACCAGCAGGUGACCCGUGCUGUGCUGGGGGACGACCCACAGCUCAUGAAGGUAGCACUUCAGGACCUGCAGACAAAUUCCAAGAUUGCAGCUCUGCUGCCCUACUUUGUGUAUGUCGUCAGCGGGGUGAAGUCAGUGAGCCAUGACCUAGAGCAGCUGCACCGGCUGCUGCAGGUGGCACGGAGCCUCCUUCGGAAUCCUCACCUGUGCCUGGGGCCCUACGUCCGCUCCCUGGUGGGCAGCGUUCUUUACUGUGUCCUGGAGCCGCUGGCUGCCUCCAUCAACCCCCUGAAUGACCACUGGACGUUGCGUGAUGGAGCUGCCCUCCUGCUCAGCCACAUCUUUUGGACUCAUGGGGACCUGGUGAAUGGCUUAUCACAGCAGAUCCUGCUGUCGCUGCAGAAAGUGCUGGCUGACCCUGUGCGGCCUCUGUGCUCCCACUAUGGGGCCGUGGUGGGGCUGCAUGCCCUGGGCUGGAAGGCUGUGGAGCGGGUCCUGUACCCGCACCUCUCCACCUACUGGGCCAACCUGCAGGCUGUGCUGGAUGAUUACUCCGUGUCCAACGCUCAGGUGAAGGCAGAUGGUCACAAAGUGUACGGAGCCAUCCUGGUGGCCGUGGAGCGGCUCCUCAAGAUGAAGGCGCAGGCUGCGGAGCCGGGCCGCGGCCGGAGCUGCCGGCGCCCGGAGGACCUGCCCUGGACGGGCCUCCUCCUGCACGAGUCGCCGGCUGGGGAGCCGGGAUUCGGGCCAGGGGCGCCCCUGGCUCCGGGGGCUCCCGGGCUGGGCAGCCCGGCCCCUCCCGUGCCCCUCGGGGACACCUAUCGGGAGCUUUACGCCUUCUUCGGGGACAGCCUGGCCACCCGGUUCGGCACCGGGCAGCCCGCGCCCACGGCCGCUCGGCCUCCCGGGGCCAAGAAGGAGCCGGCGGCCGUGGCCGACGCAGUGCGCAAGAUGCCCCAGCUGACGGCCAGCGCCACGGUCAGCCCCCGGGACGAGGAGAGCCCCCGCGGGACUGCGCCGGGCGGCCCCGCCAACGCCUCCGCCCCGCCCGCCGCCGCCGCCGCCGCCGCCGAGAGUCGGCCCCUGCCCCGCGUGCACCGGCCCCGGGGGGCGCCCCGGCAGCAGGGCCUGUGCGCGGGGACCCGCGACGUCUUCCAGAAGAGCCGCUUCGCCCCCCGGGGCGUCCCGCACUUCCGCUUCAUCAUCGCGGGGCGGCAGGCGGGCCGUCGCUGCCGCGGCCGCCUCUUCCAGACGGCCUUCCCGCCGCCGCAGGGCCCCAGCCCAGCCUCGCGCUACGCCCAGAAGCUGCCCAUGAUCGGCCGCACCGCGCGGCCAGCGCGCCGCUGGCUCCUCUCGGACUACUCGCUCUACCUCCCGCUGUGAGGGGGCGGGGUAGGGGCAGGGCGAGGAGAACAGCGAACGAGCGAGCGUGUGCUCCAGGCUCCGCCCCCCGGAGGCGUUGCCUUACGGACUGUGGUGCGGAAUCUACCUUCCGCCGCGAGGGGGCGGGGCUGGGCGGGGAAACGAACUAAUGACCCCGGGUCGGCCCGGGGAGAGCAGGCGUGCACGAGCAAGCGCCUGCUCCUUCUCGGACUACUUUCUGUGCUUACGGCCGCAAGGCGGAGCGGAUCCGGGGCCCGCCCGGUGCGGUGAAGGGGCAGGGCCAGACGCCCCUCCCAGGUUCUGGGCGUCCGUCGGUGGUGGGGCCGCACGCCCUUCGGGCUCUUGCACUGGAUAUGUCGCUCGCUGUCCGAGGCUCCGGGCAGAUGAAACCUCGGCGGAGCCGCUGACAGGGCUCCUUCAAUGGCCAGUGCCCUGUCUAUGGCACCACCCUCUGGAAUGGCUCCGCCCUGUCCCUGGCCAGCUCCUCCGCCCCAUCCC